GACCCCCCAGUGUAACCGCGGCCUUCACAUAGGGAGGAUGUCGGCCGUUAUAGUGUUCGCCGUCUUUCUUCUCAUCUGCACCAUCCUCAAGUUCCUCAAUGUGACCAGCCCGCCGCGAGCCCCCAGACUGAUGGGCAGCGACGCCAAGUUCCUGGAGCUGGUCUUGAAGUACUGUCCACACCUCAAUGAGACAUACGUCCCGGUCCGUCUGUGGGGCAGCAGCGGCCACCUCCAGACCAUCGUGCACGCCACCGUGGGCCGCACCUACUGCCCCCAUGUGGUACCCCGGAGGAUAGCCGCCCGGCAGGAGGAUGGCGCCACCGUCACCUGGGACAUCUACGAACCGACAGGCGCGCCAGUCACUGAUGAGGACUACACCAUCGCCGUGUGCCCUGGGAUCGCCAACAGCAGCGAGAGCACCUACGUGAGAUCCCUGGUGUCCCUGGCGUGCUCCCAAGGCUACCGCUGCGUCGUGCUCAACCACCUCGGAGUGCUCCCUCACGUCAAGGUCACCAGUCCCCGGGUGUUCCGAUACGGCCAGUCAGAUGAGCUUCACCUGAUGUUGACCAAGUACGUGGAGAGCCGUCCAGACACCAAGCUGAUCCUGGUGGGCUUCAGCAUGGGGGGCAACAUCGUGUGCAAGUACCUAGGUGAGCCCAACCGCACCAGGCCAACCAACAUCAUGGGUGCCAUCUCCAUCUGCCAAGGCUACGAUGCUGUGAAGAGUCUACAGUUCUUGUUGGAGUGGAAUAACCUUGCGCGGCUGUACCUCUUUUCGAUGACUGAGAACAUGCGGUCAGUCAUCCUCCGACACAAGGAGGCGCUGCUCACAGAGGAGGUCAAACGCCGCUACAACAUUGACGAGCGGCGGGUGUUGUCUGCUGCCACGCUCCCUGAGCUGGAUGAAGUGUACACAAGACGGAUCUUUGGGUUCCGAAGUGUAGAGGAGCUGUACCGCAACGACAGCUCUGCCCACUACCUGAACAACAUCAGUGUGCCAGUUGUGUUCAUUAACGCACGAGACGAUCCUUUGGUGCACCCAGACAUGCUCUACUUCCCUCAGAAAUUUGUUCAGACACACAAAAACUCUCUCUACAUCGAGACUGACCACGGCGGUCACCUGGGCUAUUAUGAUGGAGGCUACAUCUUGCCGCGUGCUGUCACCUGGCUUGAUCGAACGGUGCUUUCCCUCGUUUCAGCACUUGCCAACAACAGCCAGUAGAAUCAUAUGUCUCUUGCUGGGGAAGUGGGUGGAUGGGUGUCCAGACUGGCUCUACACUCGCCCUCUGUUCUCCACACCUGUUAACAACCACAAUAUUCACUUUCAUUACUGGGCUUAGUCAUUAGUCAUUCCUAUCAGUUGUGAAAUUGUCAACUUCAUUUCUCCACAGAUGUCAAUUUCUCGUUCUCCUAUCUGAGAAUGCUUACUUGCACUCCCUCCCCAUUCCCUUACUGGCACAGGAGACAAGAUGACACAUGCACGCACACCCCAAGUUUUGCACAAUCCAUGUGGUUAUGCUGUGAUGGUAAGUUAAGUUACACACCAAGGUAGUGACAGGGAGCAGUAAGAUGAUAAUAUUUAAAAGUGCUGUGGAUUCCUCCCACAAUCCCUGAUGCUCUAGUCCAUUUGCUGACUAAGUGAUUCCCAUUUGUUUGUUCACCAUGUGAAAAAAAAAAGUUUGGGGAUGUCCCCCAUACAAUAAUUUCUUCACAAGGUGUUCCUCCUUUGUGGAAUAUUAGUAUGACAUGGGGGCUGGCAUCAUUUAGGGACACUGCACCACUGCCACUGCCUCACCCCCCCACACUGGCAAGGCCCCCAUUCCUAAAAGCUGCUGCACUGUGAAGUAAUGAAUGGUAGAAUGUGGAGAUGCUAAAGAGAACCAAUUUCUGGCACUGGCACCCAUUUUUGUGAGCGUGGUGUAUUGGGGCCAUGUGAGCCAGCAUGCACUAGUGUGUCAGGUGCAGGACAUUCUGAGGCAAAGAUAAUUGCACAUAUACUAAUGUUCUAUAUUUAUCUAAAAACAACAAAAAGAAUGUUAUUUUUGUAUGUGAUGUAGGUCAUAUUUUAUAUGUAUAUUUUAGUGUUUAAUUCUUUGUAUGAACACAUUGUGGUCACUUGGUUAUCUUCAUGCUGUAGAGGGCUAGUUAGGCUUGCUGUCAGCCUGGCUACCAGCCAACCCUCGGUAAUGAAAAAAUAAUUCAAUAAAUAUGGAGUUACCAAACAAGAC